UUUUUUCUUUGCUCGCCUGGUUUCGAACGCACGCAACGCCCGAGCAGAGCACCCGCUCCACACCUGCCGCUGCCGGCCGCCCACCCACCAGCAGCACAGCCACCGCCGAGCGUCGAGGAUGAGCGGGGCGGCGCUGUGCGCGGUGCUGACGGAGCUGGGGUUCGACGGGGAGGACCCUCUGGACGCGGACGCGCUGGAGUGGCCGUUCCAGUACGAGGAGGCGCGCCCGCUGCUCGCUUGGAUCUGCUCCUGCCUCCGCCCCUCCAACGUCCUCUCCCCGUCCCACCUCGCGCAGUAUGAGCAACUCGUGGAAGAGGGAAGACUGCUAGAGGGUGAGGAUUUGGACUCUGCAUUUGAUAGUAUUUCAGCCUUUUCAAACAAGAAAGAUAACCAAGAGGCUGUGUUUGGAUCAGAAGAAACAAUUCUUGAUAUUCGCGAAGCAAAACUAGCAUAUAGAGCCGAAGUUUUUGAGUUACAGAAGCAGCUUGCACGGCAGCAAGCACAGUUUGAUUUGCUUGCAGGGCAAGCUUCUACUCUUAUUCAAGGUAGAAGGGCACGUUUGUCUGCUAUGUCUGCAGUUAGUGGACAACUAAUAUCGUUAGAUGAGAUCCUUUCCUCGAGAAACUUAGAGGUGAAUGCAGUUCUUGGAAGAAUUACUGCUACUUCCCAGGAACUGGCCCAUUAUCAUUCAGGGGAUGAGGAUAGUAUAUACUUGGCAUAUUCGGAUUUCCACCCUUAUGCUGUUGGCGACUUGGCUUGCACAAAAGAGCUGAAUCGGUGGUUCUCAAAGCAAUUUGAGAAGGGACCAUUUCGACUUGUUGCAGAGGAGGGGAAAUCCAAAUGUUCCUGGGUUAGUCUUGAUGACAUCACUAAUUGCUUGAUAAGAGGAGAUUCUGAAAAAUCUCAUCAUCACCAACGUGUGGCUGAGUUGCAACGACUUCGUUCUAUAUUUGCUACCAGUGAAAGACAAUGGAUUGAAGCACAAGUUGAGAAUGCUAAACAACAGGCAAUACUCUCAGUAUUAAAAUCACAAGUAUCAUCCGAUGAGGCUCAUAUACAUAGGGACAUCCAUUCACUUAGGAGAAAAAGUUCUGAGCUUGCUGGAGAACUCUCAACAUUUUCUCAAAAGGUGCGAGCUUUUGUAUCUGAGACAAUACCAUGCCUCUGUUCAGAACUUGCUCAACUCCAAGGCACAUAUAUCUUGCAAGGUGAUUAUGAUUUAAAAGUCAUGCGCCAGGAAUACUACAUUAACAGGCAAAAAACGUUUAUCAAUCACUUGGUUAAUCAGCUUGCCAGACAUCAGUUUCUGAAGAUUGCUUGCCAACUUGAAAGGAAGAAUAUAGCUAGCGCUUACUCAUUGCUUAGAGUAAUAGAAUCUGAGUUACAGAGCUACCUCUCAGCAGUCAAUACCCGUCUGGGCCAUUAUAAUUCAUUGAUUCAAGCUGCAUCUGAAGUACGUGAACAAGGAGCAAUCGAUGACCGUGAUACUUUCCUUCAUGCAGUGCGAGAUCUCCUAUGUAUUCACUCAAAUGUCCAAGCAACGGUGUCAACAUACAUGUCAGCACAUGCAUUAGUUCAGCAGAUAUCAGCACUUCAAUCUGACUUGCUUUCUCUUCAGUCUGAACUUGAGAAUACCCUUCCGGCUGACAGGAAAAGAUGCAUCAAUGAGCUAUGCACUCUGAUUCAAACAGUUGAACAGCUUCUAUUUGCGUCUUCAACAACUGCAGAACCAAUAUUGACACCUUGGCCACUGAUGCGAUCGCUUGACGAUAUCGAAAAUGCAAAUGCUCAAGUUGAAGUUUCUGUGGAAGAAGUAACCAAGGCUCGCACCCAAAAGAUAAAGAUCUUUGAAAAUCGUGCCCAUGAGGUGGGGAGGGAGAGGCAAAUAUUUGUUGAUUUCUUCUGCAACCCCGAGCGCCUCAAGAAUCAAGUCAGAGAGCUGACCUCCCGUGUGAAAGCUCUCCAGGAAUAGGCUCCUUGUGUAGGCUGGUCUCGCUUAAUGUAAAGCAAUUGCCGAGUCUGUGGUUCCUGCGUGUGGCGAUAUUAUUUCGUGUAAAGUUUGCUUGCUCCAACACAAAGUUAGGUGACGUGCAGAGCCAGUAUGGAACAUCAGAAACCAUCAGGCAGUUUGGAUAUUUAGGUUCUAGGUCCUUCAGCCAGCAAAGAAAUGGCGGCGGUGUUGUGAUAUGUAUAUCGUUAUGUAUGUUGUAAAAUAUACUUGAGACCACGAAGCCCUUUUUUGUAUGAUAGCUUCAGAGUGGGUUGUUGUUGCAGUACAGUUGCGGUGUCAAAAGAAAAAACAACGAUACUUGUUUGGAUAAAUUGAAUCGAUUUUCACUU